ACUAUAACUUCCAAGUUCUAAUACUACGAGUUUACUGAUCAAACAGUGGCAAAACUGAAAAUAUAAAAAUAUUAUAGUUUUAACUGUUUUAAUAAUUAUUAUAGUACUUUAAUUAGUAGUUUCCUAUCGGACGUGGUAAUAACUAUUGUGAACUAACAAUGGGUAAAGGUCGAGCAGAACCAGGAACACCAAAAUAUAUAGCUAACAAGAUCAAGUCUAAAGGAUUACAAAAACUAAGAUGGUUUUGUCAGAUGUGCAACAAACAGUGUCGGGACGAAAAUGGCUUCAAAUGUCAUACAAUGUCUGAAUCACAUCAACGGCAACUGUUAUUAUUUGCAGACAACGCCGGACGUUACCUAAGUGAAUUUAGUUAUGAAUUCUCCAAGGGAUUUUUAUUCCUUUUGAAACGACAAUUUGGUACUAAAAGAGUAAAAGCGAACAAAGUAUACCAGGAAUACAUUUCAGAUCGAAACCAUCUGCACAUGAAUGCCACUCAGUGGACAACUCUAACCGGAUUUGUCAAAUGGCUUGGGAAAACAGGUAAAUGUGUGGUUGAUGAGACAGAUGAAGGAUGGUUUAUAACGUACAUUGACCGUGAUCCAGCAACAAUCGAACUUGAAGAAAAAAUGAGAAGAAAAGAAAAAGCAGAAAAAGAUGACAAAGAACGUGAAAUGGACUUUUUGCAACGUCAAAUUCGAGAAGGCCAAAAAAAAGAAUCUACCGAGAAACAAACUGAAGAUGACAAUACCAAACAACUUAUUCGGGAAGAAGAUGAAAAAUUGUCUUUGAAUUUAAAAAUUGAUACUUUCAAAAAACCAACUGUUGCCCCAAUCAAAAAUGUUUUAAGUACAGCUGGUUCUGAUCGCAUGUCUAUGAUAUCUAAAUCAAGCAGUCGUAAAUCUGAGAAACGAAAAAUAUCUGCUCUUGAAGAAAUAAUCCAACAAGAGACUAAAAAGAAGAAUUAUAUGAGAAAAGAUUAUUGGCUUUUAGAAAAUAUUGUUGUAAAAGUAACCACUAAAACUUUAGGUCUAGAAUAUUUAGGAAAAAAAGGAAUCGUUCUUAAAGUAAUCGACAAAUAUGGUUGCAUGGUAAAAUUAUUUGAUCCAAAAGUGAAAUUGAAAUUGGAUCAAAAUCAUGUUGAAACUGUUAUACCAAAUGUUGGUGGCAGAGUAAUAGUAGUGAAUGGUAUGCAUGUUGGACGAGAAGCGGAAAUAAUUAAAAUAGAUUCAGAUAAUUUUUGUGUUGAUAUCAAGCUCAAAAGUGGACCAGCUAUUGGUAAAAUCAUAACACGUUUACCAUUUGAAGAUAUAUGUAAACAACAUAUAGCAGAAUCAUAGUUUUUAAGUGUAGUAAUAAAACAAAAUUGUAAAUAAUGUGUAAAUUUUCAAAAAAUAAAUAAGUAUAAUAAGA